AUGAAUGAAUCUCACUAUCAAUUCCCUGUUGAACUAGCAAACCCUGCGGUUUUUGAUAAUCGAGGAUUCUUUGCAGGCAAGUGGCGAUAUGCAGCCUUGGAUAAGAUGUUUCCUGUCACUGAGCCGUCCUCUGGUCAGAUUCUGGCCCAUUGCGCGGACUUUUCUCAACAAGACUUUGUGGAGGCCAUUGAAGAAGCCGACCGUGGAUUUCGAAAAUAUUUCUUUCGCACCACUGCUAAGCAAAGAAGCUCGCUUCUGCGCAGAUGGAACGACCUAAUAUUGGAGAAUCUUGACGACCUUGCCAAGAUACUCUCUCUAGAGAAUGGCAAGACAUUAGCAGAAGCCAAGGGGGAGGUGGGAUAUGCAGCAUCUUUUGUCUCCUGGUUUGCCGAAGAAGCAGUUAGAUCAUAUGGGGACGUCAUCCCAUCUUCUUACCAGAACACGACAGCUGUGACUUUCAAAGAGCCAGUGGGUGUAUGCGGUAUAAUCACACCUUGGAAUUUCCCUGCAGCUAUGAUCACUCGGAAAAUCGCACCGGCAUUUGCAGCAGGUUGUUCGGUGGUCAUCAAGCCACCAAGUGAGACACCGUUCACUGCAAUUGCAUUAGUUAAGCUUGCUCUGGAAGCGGGUUUCCCACCUAAUAUUGUGCACGUUGUACCUACAAAAGAUCGCAAUGCUUCCUUGGAGCUGGCCACGCACCCCAAGGUCAAAAAGAUAAGCUUUACCGGCUCAACCAAUGUUGGCAAAAUGCUCACCAAGCUUGCCGCUGGUACAAUGAAGCGAGUCAGUAUGGAGCUUGGUGGAAAUGCACCUUUUAUUGUUUUCAAUGACGCAGACAUCGAAAAGGCCAUUGAAGGAGCCUUGAUUUGCAAGUUCCGCUCUUCUGGUCAGACAUGUGUUUGCGCAAACCGGCUUUAUGUUCAUCAAGAUAUUUUGGAGGAUUUUACUCAGCGCCUGAUCUCUCGAGUCCAAACAUUCAAACUGGGGCGUGGCAUCGAUGAAGGGGUCACUCAUGGCCCUUUGGUUAAUGCUGCCGCAGUGGAAAAGGUCAAGAGCCACGUACAAGAUGCUAUCCAAAAGGGAGGUCAACUCCGAUACGGUGGUGAAGUGCCAGCUGAUACCCCCUCUGGGUACUUUUACCAACCGACUAUUAUUACCCACGCCAAUAAGGACAUGCUCCUUGCAACUGAUGAAACAUUUGGACCCCUCGCAGCCAUUUUCGAAUUCUCCUCCGAAGAAGAGGUGAUUGGAUUGGCUAAUGAUACCGAAUUUGGCCUAGCAGGUUACUUUUUCAGUGAGAACAUCAGUCGUGUUCUUCGUGUUUCCCAGCGGCUGGAAUGUGGCAUGGUUGGUGUGAAUACUGGAUUGAUCAGCGCAGUCGAAACCCCCUUUGGGGGAGUCAAGGAGAGUGGUAUUGGACGAGAGGGAAGCAAAUAUGGGCUCGGCGAAUAUCAAAACAUCAAGGCUGUGACUAUUGGAGGCAUCUAA